AUGGAGGUGUUCCAGAAGGCUGUGAAGAAGUAUUAUGAGUUGAAGCUGACGCACGUCAAGCCACUAAUCUGGAAUGACAUCUUCACGCUCACUCUCAGUGAUAUCUUCACCCAGUUAGAGUUGGCACCAAUGGAAGAAAAAAGAGUAAAAAUACCUGAAGAACGCCCUUCGUCAAGGCAAGGAACAACGCUGAAUUCUUUAGACGAGUUGUACAACCCAGAUGUCACAGGCCAGUCCGCAGCACCGAGGUGCAUUCUGAUCGAGGGCGAAGCCGGAGGGGGGAAGACGACGCUUCUAUCUAAAGAAGCCAUCGAUGCCGUUUCAAGGAAAACAGUGUUGGGCAAACGGCACGACUUCGUCCUGUUGAUCAGACUAAGGGACGUAAGAGAGGGGGAGACAAUAGCGGAGAUGGUGCUCGACCAGUGUGUUCCCAUCACUAAAGGUGUUGAUAUAGAGUCAAUUGGAGGGAUCCUUGAAAGAAAUGAGUCCUGUGUGCUCUUCCUCCUCGAUGGGUAUGAUGAGCUGCGGCCUGAGGCCAAGGCAGCCGGGCAGGCCAUUCCUGAGCUGCUGUCUGGCAAGUUGUACCCCUACAGCACAAUCGUGAUCACCUCCCGACCCUCAGCAGGAGUGCAGCAGUACACCCGGCCGGACUGUCAUGUACGCAUCAUGGGCUUCUCACGCAUACAUGUGGAGAAAUACGUGAGGCAGUAUUUUAGCACCAUAGAAAUCCUUGAACUAGGAGAAAGGCUUACAACAGCUCUGAAGGUGAACCAAAUUGUUGCUGAUUUAGUCCAUACUCCAAUUUUCCUACUGUUGAUUUGUGUGCUGUGGGAGGAAGACCAAGAGAUGAUCUCUACGGGAACAAUGACGGGACUAUACAACAACCUGCUGACAUGUCUGGUUAGAAAGUAUUGUAUGCGGGAAGGCGUGGACAUGCCAACAGACGGACUGCCUUCAGAAGUUGCUGAGACAUUACUGCAGCUUGGCAAGCUAGCGCUAGAGGCGCUGAUGAGGAAUGAGACCCUGGUUGAUCUUGCGCAAUCAGAGAGUGAUACAUUCAAUUGGGAACUGCUGGUAAAACUUGGCGUGGUGGCCUUGGAGGUCCCUGCCUCUAAAUGGCACCCUAGGAAGCAGCUGAACUUUUCCCACAAGACGAUGCAAGAGUUCCUGGCUGGACGAUAUGUCGCUCAUGUUGUAGGGAACCAAAGCAGGGGAGAUAUUGCUGAACUGUUGCAGCUCACCUCCGUUCAAAAGGCACUUGAACUCAGUAACCUGCUUCAGUUCACGUGUGGCUGUGACUCACGGGCAGCACAAGCAGUGAUGGAGGAACUGGGAAAGCUCAGAAGCAAAGAGUUCUCACAUUUACAACCGACCGAGUCUCAAAUGCCUGUUAAGUCAGAUACACAAAAAUUAGCUGACAAUUAUGAAGAAUUUGUUUUGCUCUGCCUGGAUAUCUUGAAGGAACGAAAAGAGCCGGAUGUACUGCAGGCUGUCAGUAAAGCCCUGCCAGUCAUCGUCAUGGACUACCACAGACACAGCAAACUACGUAAUGCUCUGAAGUGUUACUUGGAAACUUUGGAAACUACCCAGUCAUCCAACUUCCAGGACAAAGUAAUACUAACUCUCUAUACAAAAGAAGGUCUGCAGUACUUACAGCAAAUUUUUGCUAUCCCUAUCCGGUCGUCGCACCUCCAAGUAAAACUAAGUCUUAGGAAAAAGGACGAUUACGAGUACUUGCUACAGCUUUUAGCCUCCCCCAUCAGUCUAGGCCUACAGCUAGACCUGGAACUUAGGGGAAAUGUAAAACUUAGCACACCUGAUCAGGUAUCCAGGCUGGUUUCAGUUCUAAUGAAUGUCCCUGGUAUGAGGGCGCUGGAUCUGUCACUCACGGAACUAACGCCAUCAUCACUCCAACUACUUGUGCAGGGAUUCAGUCACAUACCUCUGUUAGAGGAGCUGGAUCUCAGUUACAACGAUUCCCUUGGGGAUGCUGGAAUAGAAGUCCUGCAGUCUGGACUGUCCAGUGUUCCACGCCUGGCUGUUCUCCGUCUUCGGGGAACCGGAAUAGGCAUGACCGCUGUGGGCAUGAAAUCCAUGGCUCCUCACAUGCGCCACCUGGCGGGACUGAAAGAACUGGAUAUUAGCGGCAAUAAGAUCGGCGACACCGGACUGGAAUCUCUUAUUGCCGUCCUCUCCGUCUUCACAGCUAUGCAGGUAUUGGUCCUGGCAGGGACUGGUAUCAGUGCCACAGUCACGCGCAAUCUUGUCCCUGUACUGUGUCAGCUAACCAGACUGAUCAAACUCGACAUAAGUAAGAAUCAUGAUAUAGGAGACCCUGGACUGAAAUGCCUGGUUGACAUCCUCCCUCACCUUACAGCAAUGAAGGUGUUGAACCUCAAAAUGACAGGUAUCAGUGACAGGGGAAUAUCAUCCCUGAUCAAAGCUCUGCCUCACCUGGUGCAAUUACAGGUGUUGGAUGUGAGCUUUAAUGACAUAGGGGACUCAGGGAUUGUCUCACUGGUGGAAACACUCUGCCGGCCCAGCAGCUCGAACAUGGAGCAAAACCCACCUGGUGACAAGAGUCUGACCACAGCCCCUCACUGUAACAACACACUACAGGAGCUAAACAUCGGGUUUGAUGAAGGAGUAACAGGAGCCGGACUGGGGAGGGUCGCACAGCUCAUCAGCGCACUGCCGGCACUGACUGAGCUGAACAUGUCUGGUUACACUGGCACACCUGUACACCUGCCUGACACCGCUGCCAUGGCUCUGGCCGAGGCUCUACCCAGACUCCCUGUCCUAGAGCUGCUGGACCUGCAGCAUAUCUCCAUGGAGCCUGCAGGGUUCCAGGCUGUGGUGCAGGCUGCUGAGGAACACCCAGCACUGAGGACACUUCGGUUCAGCGAGAAGAGAGUUCCAGAGGGAGCGGACACCAGCGCCAGCUGCUUGAAGUUGAGAUCGUGGUAAAGAUGCGACUCGAUGAUCGAAAGGACUGAAUGAGUCAGCCCAGACUAAAGACCGUUUUUUGGUCAUUAUAUUCAAGUGUUAUGAUCGCUGUCUAUGAAUAACGUACGUUACAAAACAUCUAUUAAUCACUUUUGUGUAGCCGAAACACAAAAAGUUUGUUCUUUGCGUUGGGAGGAGAAAAGACGUCUUGUUUACCCUAACAAUUUCGGUAGCAAUUGGUCCUCUCUUAGGCCUAGGUCACAUUUCCAAACCGGGGCCCGGCCGGGCAACUUUUGGGAGCGAAAAAAUGAUGUAAA